AUGAAUCGAAGUCUAGUGAAUCCAACCCUUCUCAAAGUUUUUAAAAUCCAUCAUUUGUCGAACUCUGUUUUUUCAUCCCUACAGACUCUACCCGAUUCAAAAACAAAUUCAUUCAUAAACCCACUAUACAAUUUUCUUCCUCACACCCAAAACCCUAGCAAAAUCGUUGAUACUAUAUGCACAAAUCUCAAAGAAAGAAGAACCGCCCUUCUUGAGGAAGACAUGAUCCCUCAUCUGGGCACCGAAGAAGUCUCAAGAGUUCUUCUUAGAUGCCAAUCUGAUCCAUUUGCAGCUCUUACCUUCUUCAAUUGGGUUAAAAACGAUCUAGCCUUUCUCCCAACUAUUCAUAACUACUGUCUUAUGUUGCAUAUACUAGCUUGGUCUCGCAAGUUUCCACAGACAAUGAAGCUUUUCUCCGAGUUAAUAGAGCUCAACAGGAAUAAACCUGAAAAAGCAAGUAUUUUUGAAAAUUUGGUUCUGUGCACCAAAGAUUGUAGCUGGGAACCAGUUGUAUUUGAUAUUCUUCUCAAGGCAUACCUAAAAGCUGGUUUGAUUCGCGACGGUUUUGUUACUCUUAGGAAGAUGGUGAAGCUUGGUUUUGUUCCAAAAAUCAUUUCUAUCAACUUUCUUUUAGAUGGGCUUUUGAAGUUGGAUCGAAUCAAUGAAUGUUGGGGAAUUUAUGAAGAAAUGGGGAAAAUCGGAGUACGUGGUAACACGUUUACUUUCAACAUAUUAACUCAUGUUAUAUGCAAGAGUGGGGAUGUUGAUAAGGUGAAUGGGUUCUUAGAGAAGAUGGAAGAAGAAGGAUUUGAUCCUGAUAUUGUCACAUAUAACACAUUGAUAGAUAGCUAUAUCACAAGAGGCAGAUUAAAAGAUGCACUCUAUCUUUAUAACAUCAUGUGUAUAAGACGUGUGAUGCCAGAUUUGAUUACUCAUACAUCUCUGAUAAACGGGCUUUGUAAAGAAGGUAAUGUAAAGGAAGCUCAUAAGUUAUUCCACAAAAUGGUUCAAAUUGGGGUGAACCCAGAUGUGUACUCAUACAAUACUCUUAUAUGUGGUUACAUUAACAAGGAAAUGAUGCAAGAAUCACGCAUGUUGCUUCAUGAAAUGAUCAGAAAAGGGAUUACUCCUAACAAGUUCACCUGUUUAGUACUUAUAGAAGGAUAUAAAAAGAAAGGAAUGUUGAUUUCAGCUGUGAAUCUUAUUGUAGAGCUUCAAAGAUUUGGAAUAUCAGUAUCUAGAGAUCUUCAAAUUGAUCUAGUCAUUGCUUUGUGCCAGGUGGAUAAACCUUUUGCAGCCAAGAGUCUAUGGGAACGCAUAGUGAAAGAUGGUAAAAGACGAGAUGUUUUUCAAGAAUGUGAACCCAAGUUUGGUCACAUAUGGAGUAAUCAUAGAGUGUUUGUGUAG